UACUCCUCGCGGCCAACGCCGCCAAAUUUUAUCCACCUAGCCCGCCGCCGCCGGAGCCCUCGCGAUGGCCUCACGCUCGCCUGCUGAGCCGCCUCCGCAUUCGCGGGUGACACCCGAGGGCCCGGCUGCGUGGCGCAGCGGCUGGCGUUGGGCGGUGCUCGGCUCCUUCUCGUACCUCUCCGCUUCAAACGCCUUCAUGUGCAUGGACUUUUCGGAUGACUACGGGCUAAACGAGCGGCUGCUCCGAUCCGGCGAGGCUGACGUCGCUCUCCUCUACUCCCUCUUCCUCCUCUCCGUCGUGCCUGUGAUGCCGCUCGCCGCGUGGGGAGUCGUGCGGCAUCACUGGAGCACGGUCGCGUUCGCCAAUGCGCUCAACGUCGCCGGAGGAUGGCUCCGAUACCUCGCUGUCGUCCGCUCCUCGUAUGCGCUCGCGGUCCUCUCGAGCCUCGUCUGCGGCGGCGCGGCGGCGGUCGUCGUCUGCUCCUUCACUGCCGUCUCUGAGCGCUGGUUCCGCCCUUCGCACCGCGGCUUGGCGACCUCGAUAGCGGUCCAGUCCAACUACCUCGGCUGGGCGCUGGGCUCGCUCAUCGGCGCGGGCGAGGCGGGCGAGGCGGAGCGUCUGAUGGCACUCUCGGGUAUCGGCACGAUCGGCUUCAUCGGCCUCGCGCUCUCCCGCGCAGUCGAGCUCGCUGACGGCGCGUACGCCGUCGGCGCGGUGGAGAUGCUCGUGCAGGGCUUCGGCGGCGGCCUCUCGGCGCUCUCCGCCUCUUGCACCGUCGGCCUCGCCGGGUGCGUCGCCGUGCAGUGGCUGGCUGUCACCGCCCUCGCCGCCGCCUACGGCUGCCGGCCGGGGAGGCCGUCGGCGGGGGGAAGGCUGGCAGCGGUGGCGGGGGCGGUGGUUGGGGAUGCGGCGCCGGCAGAUUCGAUGCGCCAGCCGCUCGCGGGGGGCGACGCGGCGCGGGAGAGUUGA